CGGAUGAGGCCUAUCAGGCCCGCAUGCUGGCCUGGAGUACCGAGACUAAGAAACAGGCAGAUGACGCGGCAGCAGCAGCGAAGAAGGGGGCAGAAGAUGCCGAACAGGCACGUCUGCUGGCACUUGAACAACAGCGCCAGCAUGACGAGGCAGCAGCAAGGGCUGCCGAUGAAGAAUGAACACAACGUCGUGAGAAGAUAUUUACCUAAGAGCGUGCAUUACUUACCAUGGCAGCAGAAUGGCGAACCGAGGUCGAGAAUAACCAGUUGGAGGAUAGCGCAAACAAGAUAGCGCUCCUCCUCUCGCAUCUCACGGAUCUCCUGGCAACCUGCAUUACACAUCAGGCAGAGAUCCUUGGUCUCGACAGAUCGCUAGCUCACCUCCAAGACCGUUUUCAGCGGUUGGGGCAGCGACCAGUCGCCGCCGCCGACGCAGGCUCUUCCAAUACUAUCGAACGCCUUAAUGCAUUGGAGCUGCACGUUGGCUCACUCCAGGAUGGCGCACAGUUACAGCUCACCGCGACGCAACACUUGCAGCAGCGGGUCUAUACCACCGCCACUACCUCGAGUACGGAGCCGCGCGAGUCAACUCCAAAGUUUGACGGGCAGGAGAUCUUCUGCGACUCCAUGAAGACAGAUCCGAUUCCAUGGUUCCGCAAGUUCGAGCUCACGCUGCAGCUGUCCAACGUCAAGGAACACAAGCAUCACGCCUACUUAUCGUCUUCAAGUGGUUCGUCACGGGCUUCGGCGCGCGAGUUCAAUGUAGAGGCAUUGGACCUGCUCACGUCUGAGGACUUUGCAUGGCUUCCUCUCCCGAUCACAGGCGGUUUGCCGGGACCGCAAUGCGCAACACUUAGCGCUAAUCUUCACACUUACCUAUCCUUCUAUGCACCACCAACUUCGCCGACGGAUGACGAAGUCGCGGUGGGGGACAUCCUGGCGUAUACUACCAAGGUGGCCCGCGAGUUUCGCACGCAGCGGUACGAUGACAAUAACGCACCGCUCAUGUAUGUCCGCAUUCAGGUUGGGCAAGCGUCCUGCAACGCUUUGUUGGAUAGCGGCGCAUCUCGCAACUUCAUGAGCCUGUCUUUUAUGCAAAGGGUUGACCUCGACACACAAGUUCGGAGGAAGGCAAACCCGACGGCGAUCAAGUUGGCAGAUGGAAAGACGCAACAACUUCUCGACCGUUACAUCGAGGCCAUACCGGUCUACUUCGCACCUCAUGCAUGCGAACUGGUGACAUUCGAUAUUCUCGACACGGACUUCGACAUCAUUCUAGGAAUGCCUUGGCUUGCAAGUGCGGAUCACACGGUCAACUUCCAUCGGCGGACUCUUAGCGUUCGCGACGCCUUCGGCGCGGAAGUGGCGUGCACUAUUCCUCUACCGCACUUUUCGAUCUGGUGCCAAGUGGUGACGGCCAAAUCAUUCCGGGCAACUUGCGCUUACGAGCAGCCCGAGGAGAUCGACCUAUGUUUCCUACGGACCGUCGCGAUAGCCGACUCUUCACCCACAGACUUAUCUUCGGACCCCCGUGUGGUACGGUUGCUGGACGAGUUCGCCGACAUCUUCGAGUCACCUACCAGUGUGGUGCCCGGUUGGCCGAUCUCUCACGAGAUCAUUAUUGAGGCCGGUGUCGUGCCGCCAAAAGGUUGCAUCUAUCGGAUGAGCGAGGAGGAGCUUGAGGUCCUCCGCGCACAAUUCGAUGAUUUGUUGGCCAAGGGCUGGAUCCGCCCGAUCGAACGAUCGCUACAAGACCGCGAUCAAGACGCGGUACAGGAUUUUGAGUGGGUGGUCAUGCCUUUUGACCUUGCCAACGCCCCGACGACCUUUCAGGCGGCGAUGACCAAUGAGUUUCGUGCAAUGUUGGACCGGUUCGUGUUGGUCUACUUAGACGAUAUUCUCGUCUAUAGCCGGUCAUUGGAGGAUCAUGUGGGGCAUCUUCGACAAGUGUUGGAGACGCUCCGCCGCGCCAAGUACAAGGCUAAUCGUGACGAGUGUGAAUUUCUCCGGCAAGAGCUGGAAUACUUCGGCCAUUUUGUCACACCGGAGGGCAUCAGUCCGCUAUCGAACAAGGUUCAGGCCGUCCAAGAGUGGCUGGAGCCUCGAAACGUCACGGAUGUCAGCUCGUUCCUUGGUCUUACCGGCUACUAUCAGCGCUUCAUCAAAGGCUACUCCAAGAUCGCGGCCCACUUGAACAAACUUCAGUGCGAGGAUCGGUCGUUUGACUUCGGAGAGGAGGCGCGAGGAUCAUUCUUCGCUCUCAAAGCCGCGCUAUUGUCUGUGGAGGUCUUGCGGAUAUACGACCCGCAUUGCCAGUUUCGAUGGGUAACGGGCAACAAUCCGUUGGUCUUCUACAAGACCCAAGACACCAUCAACAGCACCAUCGCUCGAUGGAUGACUUUCAUCGACGAGUUUGACUUUUUCCCCGAUCACAUUCCCGGGAAGUCAAACCGUUUUGCGGAUGCUCUCUCACGGCGUCCGGAUCAUUGUACCGCAGUCUACUCGACCUUCGAGAUUGACGACGAUCUGCGGAGCAGCUUCAUCCGCGGCUACCAAGCCGACCCCGAGUUUCGCGACAAGUACGCGAAUUGCUCCUCUCCUAAUCCGACUCCUUCUCACUACCGGAUCCAAGAGGGGUACUUGCUUGUCCACACGCGGGGGAAGGACCUUCUUUGCGUACUGAGUGACCCUCACUUGCGUUCACGGUUUCUUGGCGAGUUCCACGACGCUCCCGCCACUGGACAUUUUGGAGUCAAUUGCACGAUUGGCCGACUUCGCCAGCGAUUUUGGUGGCCACGCCUUCUCGGCGACGUCACGCGCUAUUGCGAGUCAUGCAAGGUUUGCCGACGCUACAAAUCCCGCAACCAUCGUCCGUACGGCGAGUUACGACCAUUGCCAGUCCUGUUGCGACGAAGGGAAGCGAUUGCCAUGGACAUUACCCGCCCUCUCCCCAAGCACAAGACCGGAGUGGAUGGGAUUCUCACGGUGGUCGACCGACUCAACAAGUUCGCCAUGUUUUUGCCUUGUCGCUAUCAUGCCAAGGCACCGGAGUUGGCCGAGGUUCUUUACGCCGGUUGGAUUCGCACCAAGGGUUACCCCAAGGAGAUCGUCUGCGACCGGGACACUUGGUUCAUGUCCGAUUUUUGGUUGGCGCUCAUCAAGCGAUGGGGCUCAUCUCUCAAACCCAAUUCAGCUCGCCACCCUCAGACCGAUGGCCAGACGGAGAGGGCGCAUCAGACCGCACAGGUUCUCCUUCGCACUCUCAUCCGCCCCGACCAGAAAGACUGGGUUGAGCGACUGUCGGAUGUCGAGUUGGCCUGCAACUCUUCCAUCCACCAGGCUAUUGGGAUAUCGCCCUUCGAGUUCAAGCAUGGCUCGCUGGUCACAUCACCGUUGGACACUAUUACUCCACACACGGCCAAGAGCGACGACCAUCUUCUUUUCUUGCGUCGGAUGCAAGAGCUUCUCUUCAAGGCACGCGACCAGAUGGCAAAGACGCAUCAGCGCAUGAGCCACCAGGCCAAUCGCCAGUGUCUUCCUUGUCCAUUCCGCGUCGGGGACCUCGUCUGGGCUUCCGCAGCGGAAUUCAGCCUUGAACAAGACGUCUCUCGCAAGCUUCUUCCGAAAUGAAUGGGGCCUUGGCCGAUCAUAGAGCCUGCUGGGGACGCACCCGAAGGACCCUCCUUCACGA